CGCUCCCCCCCACCCCGUUCCAUCCGUGCCGGUUCCACGCAGCUCCAGGCGGUGACCUCACUCUCCGAUUCUCAGCGCACGGACCGAGGGCUGCUCAGCAACCCAUCCUCGACGGCACCCCCGCCCUCGGGCCGCGUGGCCAACCAACCCUUUCCGCGGCCUCACCGUGACGCUGCAAAGCGCGGCGAUGGCGGCGGGCGGAGGGCGGGCGGCGCUGCGGGGAGCGGCGCUGCGCGGGGCGGGGGGAGGCGGUGCGGGGCGCGGAGCGGCGGAGCGGCGGCCGGAGGUGGCGGCGGUGGCCAUGGCUGAGGAAGAGGGGAACGGUGACACCGGGAGUAUCCACACGCAGCACAUCGCCGCCGUACACAACGUGCCCAUGAGCGUCCUCAUCCGGCCCAUCCCCUCCGUGCUGGAGCCUGAGAAAGUGCGGAGUUUGGUGCGGACCCUGCAGGAGGACCCCGAGCAGGUCCCCCCCAUCGACGUGCUAUGGAUCAAGGGCAGCCAGGGCGGGGAUUACUUCUACUCCUUCGGUGGGUGUCACCGCUACGCGGCGCACCGCGAGCUGCACCGGGACACCAUCCCCGCCAAGAUCAUCCCGUCCACGCUCAGCGACCUCCGCACCUACCUGGGCUCCUCUACGCCUGACCUGCGCUGAGGCGGACCCCUCCCUCCCCUCCGGGGCUCAGCCGAGCACCGCCCCCGCCCCCGGCGCUGCGGUUGGGAUGGGGUCGCGGGGGGGUCCCGGUGCCGGUGGGUGUCACUCGCGGCCGGGAGGUGGCGACCGUGUGCCGUGGGAACAGGGCGGGGAGGGAUCGGACCGGGACAUCCCGAACCGAGACAUCUCCGAACCGGGAUAUCUCGAACCAGGACAUUACGAACCAGGAUAUCUCCGAACUGGGAAAUCCCCAAACCGGCGCGGUACCGAACCGGAGCGGCACCCAACUGGGCACAACUGGGCUGGAACAUCUCUGAACCGGGAGGGAGUGGGUCGAGCUGGGGCACGUGGAACUGGGACAGGACAAAGCCAAAGCCAGGCACCACCGAAGCAGGGCACCGCUGAACUGGGACACACACAAACCAGGACAAACCUGUACCGGGGCACCCACCACCCCCAGCCUUCCCAGCGCCACUCCAGGCUCACCCUGGGCUGUGCCUGCCCCAGAGCUGCCUGCUCCAUCCUCAGAUGCAUCCCACAGCCCCUCCUCCAUGGGGUUGUCUCCAGAAGACACCCACUGCUGCUCUGGGAAUAAAGGUGACCAACCCCCCUG